GAUUGACGUCGUGUUCUCUGGUAGUCUGCUGCGGGACCGGGACAGACAGCUGAGGGGGGUCUGAAUGUCCAACCGGGACGGUCGGUGGACUACCGCGAACUCACACGCGCAAUCCAGAGGUCUUCACAGUUGACUGAUGAGCAGCCAGUAGGACCGUGGUUGGGCUACACCGACUGGCAGAGGGAGGAAGAAGGAGGGCUUGGCGAUGGUCACAGCAAUGGAGGAUUCCUGUCCCAAUGGGGUACGGGAGGAGGAGGAGGUGACGCCCCUGGGACAGCCUAGCGUGGAGGGGCCCCCGCCUGUGCGAUCAACCCAGGGAGCAGAAACGUCUGGAGCCAUGCAGCAGGUGUUGGAUAAUGUGGGUGAGCUGCCCACCUCUGCGGGAGCCAAAGACAUUGACCUGCUCUUCCUGCGCGGCAUCAUGGAAAGUCCCAUUGUACGCUCCCUGGCUAAGGCUCAAGAGCAGCUGGAGGAAGUGAAGCUGGAAGCGGUGCAGGACAAUAACGUGGAGCUGGUGACGGAGAUCCUGGGCGACAUCAACAACCUCAAGGUUAAGGACGACAGCGCUGCUGAGCUGUCUAGGAUCCUUCAGGAGCCGCACUUCCAGUCUCUUUUAGAGGCUCACGACAUGGUGGCCUCAAAAUGCUACGAAACCCCACCCCCGGCUGAGACGGCUAAUGACGCGGCGGUGAACAGCGCUCUUAUGCAGGCCGAUGCCGUGCGCAUGAUUGGCAUUCGAAAGAAGGCUGGAGAGCCAUUGGGUGUGACAUUUCGUGUGGAGAAAGAUGACUUGGUGAUUGCUAGAAUCCUUCACGGGGGUAUGAUUGACCGGCAGGGUCUGCUCCAUGUGGGCGACAUCAUUAAGGAAGUAAACGGGAAAGACGUCGGCAACAAUCCCACCGAGCUUCAGGAGAUGCUCAAAGACUGCAGCGGAGGGAUCACCCUGAAGAUACUCCCGAGCUACAGAGACGCUCCUGCUCCUCCACAGGUGUAUGUCCGCCCAUACUUUGACUACGACCCAGCCAACGACAACUUGAUCCCUUGUCGAGAGGCAGGUAUGGCCUUCAAGAAAGGCGAUAUUCUUCAGAUUGUAAACCGAGAAGAUCCCAACUGGUGGCAGGCAUGCCAUGUAGUGGGCGGUGCCACAGGUCUGAUACCCAGUCAGUUCUUGGAGGAGAAGAGGAAAGCUUUUGUCCCCAGAGACUUGGAUGGAUCAGGAAUCCUUUGUGGCACCUUGGCUGGAAAAAAGAAGAAGAAGAUGAUGUAUCUAACAGCCAAGAAUGCAGAGUUCGACAGGCACGAGCUGCAGAUCUAUGAGGAAGUGGCAAAGGUUCCUCCAUUCCAGAGGAAGACGCUGGUUCUGAUUGGUGCACAAGGUGUGGGCCGACGCAGCCUGAAGAACCGACUGAUGGUCCUCCAUCCCACGCGCUUUGGCACCACUAUACCAUACACUUCACGGAGACCCCGUGAUGAUGAGCUGGGCGGCAACUCCUACCAUUUUACCUCAAGGACAGAGAUGGAGACUGAUGUGAAGGCCGGCCGCUUCCUGGAGCACGGCGAGUACGACGGCAACCUGUACGGCACAAAGAUUGAUUCCAUUCAUGCGGUGGUCGACACAGGACGCACCUGCAUCCUGGAUGUCAACCCGCAGGCUCUGAAGGUACUGAAAACAGCAGAGUUCAUGCCUUAUGUGGUGUUCAUAGCAGCACCGGAUUUUGAUACUCUUAAGGCCAUGCACAAAGCUGUGGUGGAUGCGGGCCUCACAACUAAGCAGCUCACGGAUGUGGACCUGAGGAAGACGGUGGAUGAGAGCGCCCGGGUCCAGAGGGCUUACGGCCACUACUUUGACCUGACCAUCGUCAACGACAACCUGGACAAGGCCUUUGAGACGUUACAGGCUGCCGUGGACAAAUUGUGCAGUGAACCCCAGUGGGUCCCAGUAAACUGGGUAUACUGAGGACCAGAGCCACUCAUUACACUGUCCAGUCAGCAUGGGCCACAGUGACCCACCAACAUUUGUGUGUGUGUGUGUGUGUGUGUGUGUGUGUGUGUGUGUGCGCGCGUGUGUGUGUGUGCUUCUGACCACAAAGGCCAAAGAAGAAGAGGGCAGAGAUACUACUGCAAAUAAUUAAUGAAAUCUCAUCGCUCUUUCUCCUCUCGGGCCUGCAACUUUUUUCUACUCGAAACUCAAAGGGAAAGAGUGCUUAUUUAUUUUAUAACUUUUUACAAAAGAUCUUUCUAUUCAGUGUGGGGUUACAGUGAGAAUGAAAUGAACCAACAACAACAACAACAACAAAAAAGUCUUGUCACAUUCUUGGGCCAUAUUUUUCUUUUUGCAUUAAUUUAUUGUUGUAGUCUCAUUUUGUAGUUGUUUCCCGUGAUUUUUAAGUACUUUUUUAUCAGUCUUCCCUUGUUGACACGCAGGAUUUGCAGUCGCCGUCCGAGCGCCAAAAUGAAGACGAGGGACUGGCGAUCGAUGACAAGAACUUCAAGAAAUCUCGUGGUGUCACACAUCUUGAUUUGUUUUGUUUGUUUAAUGUUGCCCUA